GAGAAUGACACAUGUGCUGUUUCCUUUUCCAGUUGUAAAGGGGUCAGGAGCCAGGCAAGGAGAGCCCGAACAAGAGGAGCAUUUUCCUGGGUUCUUCCAGCUGUUCUGUUCAAUCCCGCCGCCUGUUCUGAGCAGGGAAGAGAGACUGUCAACACAAAUAAGGCAUUUUUCAAAGGCGUAAAUUAUGAGUUCCCAAAACAAUGCGACAUCUCAACCACAUGGAGAAGUCGAGAGCCCCACAGCUGGAGCAGAUGUGGCUGUUAUUGGAGGAGUGAUUGCUGCCGUGGUGUUUGUGCUCAUUUGCCUGCUGGUGGUGMUGGUGAGGUACAUGUACCGGCACAAGGGCACCUACCACACCAACGAGGCCAAAGGAACCGAGUUCGCCGAAAGCGCCGACGCCGCUUUGAAAAAUGACCCCGCUCUCCAGGAGGCAGUGGAUGAGAGCAAAAAGGAAUAUUUCAUCUGAAAGGCAAGGAUUUCCAUGGAGACUGCCCCAAAGGAAUCAAUCAGAAAUGUAACAUCUACAGAAGUACUAAGAGAUGGAUAAUAUGAGGAUACAGGCGAGCAUCCUAAUUGAAAAGUAUCUCUUUACUUUUUUUUUUUUUGUCACUGGGUUGUUUCUUUUCCUCAAGCAGUGAAGACCUAAAUGCCAGAUACUUGCCUGUUGAUUUUAUUAUCAACACAGCUGGUCACAGUUGAAAUCAAUAUCAGAUAAGAAGAAACAAAAUCUCAGUAUGAGUGAUACACCAAAACCAGAUAAAGAUAGCAAAUGUCAAGCCUUGACAUUUGGUGAAAAUAGCAGAUGCCAAAGGAAAACAUCCUCUUAGAGUUAAUGAUGCAUCCUAUUCUGAUAUGAUACAGAACUACCUGAAAUUGAAUUUCAAAUGGUAACAGAACAAACAUUAAACUAGAUAAAGCUGAUCUAGCUCCAACAAAAAUAAAUCUGUAGCUCAGAUAUCCCCCCAUCUCCUUAAAUGUGCAUUUUUAUUGGCACAGGGGAGUUUAUUUUGUUUGUUUGGGGAUUUACACUGGGAUUUUUUUUUUUUUUUAAUUUUUGAAUUUUGUACAUAUAUGAAAAUCAAAGAUACUUCAAAGAAAUAAAACUCUUGGAAAACAUGGAAAAUGUUUUCCAUGUAAGAAUGUAAGAAUGAAGGAUUUAUUACUGACUUYUUCUGCAUGGCAGCUUGAGAACUGCAAAAUGUUGGAAUUUAAAAUGUAGUAUAUAAUAGUCAGUAGACUUACAAAUGAUUCCAAUUAGUCAGUAGGUUCUCUGCAUAYAUGCAUAAAUAGAUAGAUAUUAAAAGGUAAAGCAUCCUGGUUUGAGCAGGCCUUUUGAAACAAUGGAGCUCAGCUACRUUUUUUUCAUGUAAAAUAUUUUUGCCUGAGUAUUUAUUUAUUUAUUUAUUUUGCAUUGGAAAAUUCUCUGAGUGCCCACCAGCAGGAUUGUGGAUUUUUGCAGGGAGAGGAAUUCAGUUCUGGUGCAGAUACCAAUACAUCUUUCACAAACACAACCCUAUGACUGUCACUAUAAAAGAAGCUUUUUYAUCUGCAUCCCACUGGCUUGAUUUCUCACUCUGUAU